UUGACGAUGAAGAAUUUGUCUCAUAAUUAAUUUUAUAUGGUUUCUGAUUUCUUCUGAUGAGGUCUUCAUAUAACAUUUUACAAAUCUAAUUAACAAUCCACGAAAAAUAAUUACGACUGGCAAGAAUCUCCUUAUCGGCACCCUGAACUACAUUUACCUAAAAACCGCUGUCAGUGACAAACAUGGCGGCCCCCUCGAGUCCCGCUGAAGCAUUCGUCUCCGAUUCUAAAAGUUCUCCUACAGCUGCCCCGAGCAUGGAGAGCUCGCCGAUUCAGUACAGUAUGCUUCUGGAUCAUCUUAUUGGGGACAAAAGGACGGUGAAAGACUUGAACCCCGGCGUCAUGGGGGGACUGCCGGUGCCUACUAAAAGCGAGGAGCAGAAGAUGAUAGAGAGGGCGAUGGAGAGCUGCGCUUUCAAGACGCUUUUGGCCUGCGUUGGAGGGUUUGUCCUCGGAGGAGCAUUUGGUGUUUUCACUGCAGGUAUAGACACGAAUGUUGGUUUCGAUCCCAAAGACCCGCUAAGGACCCCCACGGCACGAGAAGUCCUCAAAGACAUGGGCCAGAGGGGCAUGUCCUACGCUAAGAACUUUGCCAUUGUGGGAGCCAUGUUCUCUUGUACAGAGUGCAUCAUAGAAUCGCACAGAGGAAAAUCUGACUGGAAGAAUGCAGUGUACAGUGGCUGCAUAACUGGAGGAGCAAUUGGCUUUCGUGCUGGUCUGAAGGCCGGGGUCCUAGGAUGCGGAGGCUUUGCCGCUUUUUCUGCAGCCAUUGAGUAUUAUCUGCGGUGAACCACAAAAGUGACUCUGUGGGCACGGAAUUAGUCCCUUUGGAUGAGCCUGUGCAGACCAACUAGGAGAGAUGCCGACCCAUCAGUCUGCAAAUUCAUGAGUGGUGCAAAAGCCAGUUAGAAUUGUGAUUUGUGGAAUAUGUGGUUGUUGUAAGUAGACAGGGAAAGAUCUUACUUAUACUUUGUUUUUAAAUUGUUGGGAAAUGAGUAUGUCAGCUUCUAUGACAGGUUGGGCGUGGAUUGUUUCAGCGCCCCUUGCUUGACAAUUUUUCAAUUCACCCCCACCCCACUUUACAGUUUUCAGGACUAUCACCCACCCCUCUCUUAUAAUUUUCAGUGCUUUCAAUUCACCCCCCGUUGAAGAAAAUUUUAAGUGGUGCUGUGGGGUGUUAAUUUCCGAAUAGGGGAAGCACCCCAAAAAGUUUGAAAACCACCGGUCGAUGUAAAGAAUGAGUCGUUUGUGAAACCUGCCCAUUUAGACAUUCUUUUUCUCCAUGAUCAAUGCUAAUAAGAGUCAGUAUUUAUGUGAAAACUUGUAUGGUCUUUUCAUCACAUUUAUUUUUCAAUUCACUGGAAUUUAUGAUCACAAAAGAACUCGUAUAUGUAAAUAUAUUUUCUUCAGUCUUA